AUGAAUCAAGCAUUUGCUCAUAUUAAUCAAGAACUUAAAGAUACAUUUACAUUACAAAAUACAACAGACAAUCAUUCUAGUGGAACAACAGAGCUUGAACGAAAAAAUAGUUUAGUAAACGUAAAAAAACCAAUGAAAUUUGAAAGACAAUUAAAAAGACAACGAAAAAUUGAAGAACAUAAAGAAGAAGAACGAAAAAAAUUAUAUGAACAACGAGAAACAGCAAGAAAAGAAAUGAAACAAAAAAGUUGUCUUGAAUGGGAACGACAAUGUAUGCAGGAAUCAAUAACAUAA